AUGGUACUGAGUGACAUCACCUCCUCACAGGGCAGGCAGCACGCUGGCACCACUGACGUCACUCUUGCUCACUGCCUGGCCCUCACCCUGACCCCUAGGGGACAUUCUGACCCCUUCGUGCUCACAGGACUCCCAGGUGUGCCUGGAGAGGCGGAGCCCCCCACCCCCGAGCCCCUGGAGGUGGAAGUUGGCGGGACAGCCCUUCUGAAGUGCGGCCCCUCCCACUCCCCGGGCAACUUCAGCCACGUGGACUGGUUUUCUGUCCACAAGGAGAAGCCGACUCUCAUCUUCCGCGUGCGCAAGGGCCAGGGCCAGAGCGAACCCGGCGAGUACCAGCACCGGCUCAGCCUCCUGGACAGAGGGACUACUCUGGCCCUGGCACACGUCACCCCCCACGACGAGCGCAUCUUCCUGUGCCAGGGCAAGCGCCCUCAGUCCCAGGAGCACCGAAUCCAGCUCCACGUCUACAAAGCCCCGGAGGAGCCGACCAUCCAGGUCAAUCCCUUGGGCAUUUCGGUCAACAGCGAGGAGCCCGAGGAGGUUGCUACCUGUGUGGGGAGAAAUGGGUACCCCGUUCCUCAAGUCAUCUGGUACAAGAACGGGCGGCCCCUGAAGGAGGAGAAGAAACGGGUCCACAUUCAGUCGUCCCAGAUUGUCGAGUCGAGCGGUCUGUACACCCUGCAGAGCGUUCUGAAGGCCCAGCUGGUUAAGGAAGACAAAGACGCCCAGUUCUACUGCGAGCUCAACUACCGGCUGCCCAGCGGGAACCACAUGAAGGAGUCCAGGGAAGUCGUCGUCCCGGUUUUCUACCCGGCGGAGAAAGUGUGGCUGGAAGUGGAGCCCGUGGGCGUGCUGAAGGAAGGGGACCGCGUGGAAAUCCGGUGUCUGGCUGACGGCAACCCCCCGCCCCACUUCACCAUCAGCAAGCAGAACCCCAGCACCCAGGAGAUGGAGGAGAAGGCGACGGAGGACAACGGGGUCCUGGUGUUGGAGUCCGCCCGGAAGGAGCACAGUGGGCUCUAUCAGUGUCAGGGCCUGGACCUGGAAACCAUGGCAUCGCUGCCGAGCGAGCAACAGGAGCUGCUGGUGAACUAUGUGUCUGAUGUCCGGGUGAGCCCUGCGGCCCCAGAGAGCCGGGAGGGCGGCAGCCUCACCCUGACCUGUGAGGCAGAGAGUAACCGAGCCCUGGAGUUCCAGUGGCUGAGAGAAAAGACAGGCCAGGUGCUGGAGAAGGGGCCCGUGCUCCGCUUACACAACCUGCAGCGAGACGCGGGGGGAGGCUACCGCUGCGUGGCCUCCGUGCCCAGCGUCCCGGGCCUGAACCGCACUCAGCUGGUCCGCGUGGCCAUUUUUGGGUCCCCGUGGAUGACAUCAAAGGAAAGGAAGAUGUGGGUGAAAGAGAACACAGUGUUGAAUCUGUCCUGUGAAGCGUCGGGACAUCCCCGGCCCUCCAUCUCCUGGAGCGUGGACGGCACGGCCCAUGAACAAGACCAAGAUCCGCAGAGCGUCCUGAGUGUCCUGAAUGUCCUCGUGACCCCAGAGCUGUUGGAGACCGGUGCAGAGUGCGUGGCCUUCAACUUCCUGGGCAGAAACACCACCACCAUUUUCCUGGAGCUGGACUCAAACAGAACCACUGGCGUCAGCACCUCCACUGUCAGUCCUUACAGCAGAGCCAACGGCACCUCCACAGAGAAGAAGCUGCCGGAGCCUGAAAGCAAGGGCGUGGCCAUCGUGGCCGUGACCGUGUGCGUCCUCGUCCUGGCCGUGCUGGGUGCCGUUCUCUAUUUCUUCUACAAGAAGGGCAAGCUACCAUGCGGGCGGUCGGGCAAACAGGAGAUCACGCUGCCCCCGUCUCGUAAGAGCGAAUUUGUAGUUGAAGUUAAGUCAGAUAAGCUCCCAGAAGAGAUGGGCCUCCUACAGGGCAGCACCGGUGACAAGAGGGCUCCAGGAGACCAGGGAGAGAAAUACAUCGAUCUGAGGCACUAG